AUGACAUAUUUUUAUUGUUUCAUUGAAGAGCUUAACUGUAUUGAUGUUCCUAGAAUUAGAGGUUGCUUUACUUGUUACAAUAGAGCUGGUUCUUCCAUGAGCAUAUUAGAUAAAUUUUUCCUUUCUGAAAAUGUGAUUGCGGAUUGGAAGAUUGUCGGUCAUUAUGUUGGUAAAAGUGACAUCUUCGAUCAUUGCCUUAUUUGGUUAAAAGCGUGCCACGAGGAUUGGGGGCUUAAGUCGUUAAAAUUCAACAAUGUUGGCUUAAACACAAGGAUUUUUCUAACUUCAUCAAUAAAGAAUGGAAACGCUACUUUCAUUGAUGAUUUAGUUUUGAAGAGGGAGUUCGCUACUUCUGAGGUGUGGAAUCAACUGAUCUUGAAGGAUUUGUUAAGACAGAAAUUGAGAGCUUCGUGGUUGAAGGAAGGCAACAUGAAUUCUAGCUUCUUCCAUAGGGUUAUGAGAGCUAGAUACAGAAGAAAUUUUAUCUCUUCUGUUAACUCAUCUGAUGGCAUGAAGGAGAAAGUGGAUGAGUUCAAAAGUGAAGUGCGUAACUUUUUUAAGGCUAGCUUUCAAGAGGAGAAUAUGUCUAGACUGGUGCUCAGUGGUGUAGAUAUGUUUUGUCUCUCUAGUGAGGACAAUAAGUAUCUUGAGGUUGCAUUUUCGGAGGAAGAAGUUAAGGUUGUAGUGUGGAUUUGCAACGAUACUAAAGGCCCUAGGUAUGACAGUUAUAGUUCCAGUUUUAUGCAGAAUUGUUGGGAGACUAUUAAGAGGGAUAUGGUUCGAUUUGUUAUGGAUUUCUACUCUAAGUCUACCUUGUCAAAGGCUACUACAGUUUCUAUCAUUACACUUAUCCCUAAGAUCAAUAAUCUGUAA